AUGACAGUCAAUCCGCUAUUAUCAGAAGGAACAGUGGCACCGUUAGGCGCCAAAACUGUAUCGGCUCUAUGGUUCCGUGGAGAGAAAUGUAGCAAAGCAACUAACUGCAGGAUAUUGCAGAAGGGAUUCCUACAAGUUGCGGAUCAACAAAGAAGUCCAGUCUGCAGUCGCCAUGAUAAUUUAGGUAAAUACCCCCAAGCUGUUCAUUUUUCCCCUCAAGUACCUUCGUAAAGACAUUAUUGUAGUGAUGUAUGCGUAAAUUUAAUUAUAAUGAGAGGGUCUAGCGUGUCACCUAGUCAUGGAUCACCAUAGCCCGGAAAAUAUGCACAGAGCUGAUGUUACCUGAUCUCUCCCCUCAGAGCACACACACCAAAGGCAAACCUGACUGAGAUGGACGUGAAACGAGUUCUAGCACAGGCUAACAAUCGGUAGAUGGCACCCAAAAAAUCCGUUACAUAGAAAUUAUACAUUUAACAGUGGACUCAAACGCCUUCAGGCUAUAUCAGCGGUUGCAGGCCUACUUUCACGCACUACUUGGACUUUCCGCAACGGCCUAACAUGGGCUGGCCGAACGAACAUCGCAGGAGAUUACAUGGACGAUGGUCGCUGUUACCCAACCUUCCCCAUCGUUACACACGUCCACCUAAAUAUACGGCAUACAUUCGCAUUAUGAAGUUUAUUACAAAACAAAAGCACUCUACCUAUCGUAACGCAUCAGCCCUACGGUGUCGCGCACUUGUCUGGGCACAGCAACAUCGCUCGGUUAGGAACGGACCAUCUACAAACUUUCAAGUUAAAUCACAUACAGUAGAUGGGCUAACUCAUGAAAUGUCAACUAAAGUUCCGAAAUGUGUUUUCGUUUCAAAAAGAUAAGUAGGGUUGUAAACUAGUCGGUCUGCAGUAUAAUUUCAUAGUAAUUCAGUUACCGCAGGAUGCCUGCCUUCGGAAGAACUUCCUUCCGGCUGCAAACAAAAACUGCACUCAGCAAAAAGUGACUACUUAAAUAGCAUGCAUUUUUCUCAUUGACUUUCGAUGUCCCUAAAAGUCCAGUUAUAUUUCAUGGAAAAAUAUAUCAAAAUAUUCCUUCUUUUGCACAUUCUGUAGAAAAUUACGUCUUCUUCCAAUCUCAUGCCGGAAGAUAGCGCAUAACUCGUUUUUCAAAAACGCUUCCAAUUUUCGAAUAAUUUUGAACCCGCUCUGCCGUUACACUUGGAAUCAGGGUUUCCGCGUAUAUUUUCUGCGUACGGAAAACCACACACUUCUCUACGGUAUUAAACGGUGACCAUAUAGAGUUCAUAAAACGUAACAUUGGAUUUGAUCCAUAUUGUUAACUUUACAAGCUACAUUAAUAAAUGCAGAGACAUGACGAUUUAUGAACGGCCACUUCACGGUUAUAAAACGUCUCACAAUUAGAAAUGUUUUAAAAACCGAAUUAUCUCCCUACUUCGAGUAAAAAAUUGGAAGAAGACGUAAUUAUCUACCGAAUGAGCGAAAGAAUGAAUAUUUUUAUGCAUGCUUUCCAUGAAAUAUAACUGGACAUUUAGGGGCAUCGAAAAUCAAUGAGAGAAAUGCAUGCUAUUUAAGUAGUCACUUUUUGCUGAGUGCAGUUUUUGUUUGCAGCCGGAAGGAAGUUCUUCCGAAGGCAGGCAUCCUGCGGUAACUGAAUUACUAUGAAAUUAUACUGCAGACCGACUAGUUUACAACCCUACUUAUCUUUUUGAAACGAAAACACAUUUCGGAACUUUAGUUGACAUUUCAUGAGUUAGCCCAUCUACUGUAUGUGAUUUAACUUGAAAGUUUGUAGAUGGUCCGUUCCUAACCGAGCGGUGUUGCUGUGCCCCGAAAAGUGCGCCAAACGAAAACGGAAUUCGGAAUUUCGGGUUACAUUUUAUAAGCUAGGCCGCCUGCUGUAAGUGGUUGUUUUAAUUGACUACUAAGUCCUGGCUAUGGAGUUAGAAUAGUUACAGAGGCGAUGGGAUUAAUUUUUUGUGGACUACCUGAUGAAGAUAACGUUCGCUCUAAGAUGGCAUUUUAUUUACUGAAGACAAGACUGCGAGGGCUCUGAAUCGAGCCAAAAUGUGCGGCGGGACUUGCGGGUCCCAUAGUCAGGUCAGUGAACGUCCGCCCAGUAUGUUUGUUGGUUACCAUCAAAACCGACGGAACAAUAGCAGAUGGUCGGAUUUGUAAAACGCUCGACGAUGAAAUACUCCGUGUUCGAAUCCCAGGUCUUGAAAAUCCGGAGUUUAUUAUAACUGGCUGACGACGGCUAAUAAGCCAGUAGUGACCUCCCAGUCUCCUUUGUCCAUAUCACUGUUCUUUCUUUUUUAAGUCUAGAUACUAUUUCGAAUGUUGGUGUCAAGUAGCCCUGCGUAGUCACCUCCAGUCUUGCGCCGUCGGUUGGCCUACAUGCCUUAUAACCAUCGCUUGUUCUGCUGCUGCUACUAUCUCUGACGAUGGACUCCUGUGCGAGUCUGAAAUCUCAGGACAAUAAACAAAGUGUUCCGGUGCUCAACUUUUCUUCUUCACUUAUAUUAGAAAGUUUCGAAAAGGGUGUCCGAUCCUCGCAGCUGUUUAGUGAUUGUAAUAGAAUUUCUCUUGAUUGAUUUCUAACGCAUCAUAAUCCAGGUUUGGUCAAAUAUAAUAGUUAGGAAAUGUGGUAUGCCCUUUUACGGAGACAAAUUAGCGUGUUCAAAGUAAUCGGUAAAAUACAAAAACAAGUAGUUGACUUAACCGGCUUCUACGUAGGAUUUCCGAAAGUUGGUUCUUGUGCAUAUGACAAAUGGACCACAUAAUGUCCGCUAGACGGUGAUUUGAUGAUUUUACUACAAAAUUAGAACCUCUGAAAGUGCCUCGAAGUUUCAGCCAUCGAUAUGCCUGGAUGAAAUAACUUAAUCCGUCCCUCUCAAGAUACAUACUAUGCUUUUCGACCCAGUUGAAAGACGAAAUGUCUUGACAUUUAAACGUUUGAGCUUCUCAUCUUACGAGAGGGGUAAAAAACUAAAUAUCAGCGUAACAAAUAACACCUAGGAAUUUUUAUCGUCUUUCAAAGACCGUGCAUACAAUGCAUUAGAAGUCGCGGCUACAUUUUCAGUAAAUGAGGCCAUCCAGUUAACUCCAGCUAAUCAAAAGGACUUUGCAGUAUACCAGUAAUUAUCAGAGCAUUUUACUGUUUUAUGUGUAGUGUUCGUCAGCCCUAAAGCUCAUAAAUCUUUGACCAGAACUUUCAAGUAAUUGGCCAAACUCAAAUGAACACAUAAUUAAAAUUGUGUUAGUGAUAAGUAGGAAGAAGAAACCCAAGGCGGUUACUGCGCCGCUAAACGCUAGUCUCUCAUUGAAAAUCUCUUCAACCAUUUAAGAGAACCCUUCUUACAAAACUCACUACUUAAACAGUACUGGUGUUUCCCUCAACUUUUGAUGUUUAUAUACAGUACAAUAAUCUCCAUGGUGAUAAGUUAUACAAUGCGUUCCUCAAAUAUCUUUUCAUUGAAAGUUAGGUUUCCGGAAACUUUGUGGUUCUUAAAACGGAAUAUUGCGUUUUCAGAAGGUCAUUGAUAAGGGAUCAGUCAGCCGUCCCGUUCGACUUUACCUAUGUAUUCUCAGAUCCUCGGAUUUUCCUGUCCUGUCCCUAAAGGUGUGAAAGGGACUUGUUGCCUUCCUUACAGAAAAAUGAAAAUAACCAGGACACGCUAAAAGGAAGACUGUUUCUCAGUGCGCAAUUUGACACAUUCUUAAAACAAAAGUAGCUAGUGACUUCACUCAUUAAGUCCAUGUGCGAAGAAGGAAAAGGGUUAUUUUCCUCAGGCACAUUUCGCGAAGUCUGCCUACUUUUCCAACACAAACUCGCUGGUUUUAGUAAACAUCGAAAAACAUUAUAAAAUUCGCAAAUAGUUUCGGAGGCCCUUUCUCUGGGGUUAUCGGUCGUAAACUCUUUAACAGCACACUACCCUAACCUAUAGGCGGGGCCAAACGGUGCUGGAUGGGGUAGUAGCCCCGUCCAAGGAAUCUUUUGUUUUUUAUAUACAGUAUUAUAAAGUGGCAGAAGUACGCGUUUUACAGCACAUUUGGCGUUGUUCGCCCCUCACGUAGAGCACGCUUUUGAAACAGCUUCGCAAUCAGACUACCCAACGUUCUUUUUUCGGAGGACGGGCUGAAAGGGACCACCGGUUGGAAACCUAGUCAGUAGUCCCGUCCAAACGGCGCUGUCAACGGCUGGGCGCUCAGCAGUCAGUCUCGUUAACUCCCGUCCUCCGAGAAAAAUUGCACCAAUUACUUUAUUUGUAGGAACACAUUUGUUAUUCGCCAACUGUUCAUGUUGCCAGUCCACGUAGAUUGGGCUUGAAUUCGGAUGAACGAAGGAAAAAUGCUGAGCCAGUUGGUCAACUGGUUUUCCAUAAAGGAGCUGCCCCGCGAGGUGUGAUGCUCUCCCUAGAGAAGGAACUGGUAAUUUCCAAUGAAUAUGAUAGACCGGUUAAUUUAUUUUAAAAGAAACAGGAAUAACUUCCCUUCCUUAAAGUGGUAUCAGGGAACACUGCGCUAACUUCCGAUACUAUGCUCUAAAAUUUAGCUUACAUCGGUUUUCACAACCCUGUAGAUGAGAUAUAUCUUCAAAACCGUCUUGCGAUAUGUUCAUAAGGUUAUAAUCCGCCGUGUACGCGUGUCUACUGAAAAAGUCCUCCUUUUUGAAAUCGAAUCUUAAGCAUAGUAAAGUAUUUGAAAAUAAAAACAAAUUUGGUUUACUUUGUGAGCAGGGUCAAAAACCUGCGUCAGUGGACUGCAGCACCCUCGCAAUAUGCGAAUAUCAAAAUGAAGGAUUCUGUCUACCAGGUAACUAGUUAUUUUCAAAAACACCCUAGUUUUGACAAUACAGCUUUGCGAAAUGCAUGCCUUGUCAACUCCCUAAGUAGUAAAGACGAACAGCCUUAGGAAUUAGACUGAUUUUUGCAGCUUGUCUUUAGGCGGCUGAAGGCUAUUGUCCAUCCACUGAUCGCGAAGCCAAAGGACUCAUAAGGUCAUCGAUUAUUGGAUCAAGUGCUUUAUCACUGGGUCACGAGCCGCCUCUCAGAAAUAGCUGGUUGGUUUCCCCCAUUUCUGUUGUGAAACUCGACUACUGUUGAUUGGUCUUUGCUAAACAAUAUUAUGAACGGGAUCUAAACGGGUGCUCCAAGGCAAGACCGGAUAAUCACGUUCCAUAAAAGACGGACACCUCAAAAAUCUAUUUUCGACAAUUCGUCGUUACUCCGAACCGAAUGCAAAGUAGGCACAAUCGUGCUAGUGGCAUCUUUAAGGAGAUUGUUUUGAGUGGCUAUAAGUACGUCCACUGGCAAGUUGGCUUAUCUCGAUAUACAUAUAUAAUGGUUGAAGGGCGCUCGCCAUUGCGCUACGAAACCUAUUCAUCCCCUUGUGCCUUGGAGCUCACUCUCGAGCCCCGCCAGCAACCACUCAGCGGCGCGUAAUGUAGGUGGAAUAUAAUUACUGACAAAGACAAGGGAGAUUGGAAUGGCAGUUUCCGGCUUAUUAGCCGUCGUAAGCCAAUCAUACCCAACCCCGAGGUGUGGGGUAGAGGGAAGGUUUGAAUCCAAGCGCGAUUAGUCAUUGGGUCAAACACUGAAUGCAUUGGGAGGCGAACCCUGAGUUUGCAAGUUAUAAUCCAUACUAAUAAAAAUCGGAUGAGAAUGACGCUCACCCAUCUGGUCUGAUAGUUGGGCUAAAUUGGUUAUUUCCUUUUGCUCUAUGACUUCGCCUCUAAGUGAAGGUAUAAGUGACUGAAGGCGGCAAAGAAGACAGGGAUGACUGCUCGGCCAAUCACUGUCCUGAUCGGGGAAUAAUUAGCUGUUAUGUUGUCCUGUUGUCAUCAAACGUCUAACCCAACUUCAUUGUCACUUCGUGUAUUUUUAUUGUCUCUCCACUUAGUUGAGUAGACGCUUGAUGAUUUUCGGGGCGAACUGUAAUUCAUUCUCGGAAAUGAUCCACCGUUUUCGUCAUUUACCGUUUAAUGCACUAAGUUCAGGAGUACCGAUAAACAAAGAAGCUCGCUAUAGUCCAGAUUCGUUCAGAGGCCUAAAACGCGGCCACACUGGUAAACCGGAGAAUCCUAAACCCCAACCCUAAAUAAUAACCCUAAAUCCUGACGCUAACUCCUAACCCAAAAUCCUAACUCUAGAUCCUAGACCUAGACCCUAACUCUAAGUCAUAACCCUAAACCCGAACUGAAAACCCUAACCCUAACCUCCAACAACUAACAGUAACAGUAAGCCCCUAACACCCAAAUACUAACCCAAAUACUAAACCCUAAGCCCCUAACUGUAAUCCUAGACCCUAACCCUAAAACUAAAUUCCAAACCCUAAACCAUAACAGGAGCCCACCUGCUGAAGUCGAUAUUUGUACGAAAUUUGUAGGCGAAUGCCUAGGAAAUGACUAUACGGGUCGCGAUUUAGGCCCCCACGUAGAUUAGUCUUCGCUACACUGCCUAUCCGAGACAUAUCGACAGAGCUGUAAGUCUAAACCUGCUUAUGACAAAAGUUGAUUUCAAGUAUAGGAGGAGUCUUGGGCAGUCGAUGGAGUCUCACAUGGGGAAAUUGAAUGGCGAUGUAGACUAACGUGUGCUGGAAAUUGAAAAUUUCCAUUGAAGGUCUACCAAUUUUAGCAUUAUCUCAUUGUCUAAGAUAUUAAAAAGCCUGAGUAACGCUUGUCAUCUGAGCCUAGCGUUAGGAUCAAUGUUUAAGCCCAAAGCUUAAAUGAACAAUAUUUCUCAGGAGGAUGUGCAUAUCAACUUGCACUAGUGCAUAGUCGUCUGUAUUACACAGACAUAAGUGUAGUACCUGGGAAGCAUAGAUAAACUUCUUCAUCCUCUGACGGUGAAGUCACCCCCACGGCAUUCCGUAGUAAUGUCGGUUGUACGGAAUGCUGCUUACUCACGUCGACCGCGAUUAUAAUCGAGGGUUCGGCAAACAUUCAUUAGUUUGAAUAAGCCCAAGGACAAAUUUUCCCACCACUGUUCUGUACUGUCGAACGAGAAAGACUGUUCGACAGGGAAGAACGAGAUGUCUCCACUUGUUGACGCCAGACGCAGACGGACAGUGACAUGCCGCCAGUAACUCGGCUGGACCUGCAUCCUCGUCAAUAUCGUGGAAAUAAGGGCCAUGCUCACUACUUUGCUGGCGUUCACUAGCUUCUCGGAUCAAAUGGUCGGGUCCGUCAAGUGGAAAACCUUGAUUAAUCGGAUCAAAACAGUGGACGUAAGCGGGCGUAGUAGGUGAAAGAAGGCGGCUUUUUGCCGCGAAAGUCAGCAUGACGGAUUUCCUCGUUCUUCAGAGUGAUACGGUCUCGUCCUUGUCAAACAUAUUGAGAGUGGAGGAACAGAAAAAUCUUAUCUGUCUAACCUUCUGUGAUUUUAAUAAAUCUGAUGUGCAGUUAAACUGCGCACAAAAAUUCAUAACAUGAAAGAUUGUCAACGGAGUGUAUAGCUCGCUCCUUAGGACUGCAAGCCAGGAUGUGAAACUCUUCCUAAGUAUGACGUUAUAUCGACUCUCAUAGGGUGAUGUGGGAGUUAAUGAUGUCCAAUUUGUACCACCUGAGCCACUAGCACGUUGACGACACAAGGAGAGUCGGUGGAGGUUCCCGUCGAGUGCAAUUCCUGUACACGCCCCAUUCGUCGGGACAUUUUUUUCCACCGAAUCAUAGUAGGUAUGGAUAGAAAAAGUAACCUUGACGAGGUACUGUAAAGAAAUUGGAGGUAAAUUAUCAUUGCUUCCCCAGACAACAUCGAUCCCCAUUGAGUUCCACAAAUACCUUUUGGGUAGAACAGCUUUUUUGGCCGAAACAUAUACUAAGCUGAUAACCAUCUCAAUUGUGAAACAGUCUCCGCAAGCAUGUGAUUCCACCGCCUGUCUGCAGUACCGAAAGAAAUAAUUUUUUACUUUUUCAGAACAGUACCACCCAGGAUUAGAUGGAGGCCAGAAGUUUCAAACCAGCGAGUCGGAAGACGGGAGAAUUUAUCUUCGUGAACAUCUAUUCGACUCAAAGCAGGUCAAGUCUCGGUCAGAAUGGUCAACAGCUGCCAUGAGAGAAGUUGUCAAGCCGACUUCCUGGAUUUCGACGUCCUCAAUUAACUGCACCGUCCGUACCAGUUUCAGUAACCAGCAACUAACGGAACUGGAGAAGGAAUUUCACUUUAGCCGUUAUCUUACCAGAAGCCGUAGACUGGAGAUAGCGGCUGAACUAAGUCUCUCAGAGUCACAGGUGAAAAUAUGGUUUCAGAAUAGGAGGAUGAAGCAGAAGAAGCGAAUAAGAGAACAGUUGAGUAAGCAAGCUGGCAUACAUUUAAUGCGAAGCGAAGUGAAUUAA